GCGAAUAGCACUUGAGAUGUUCGUAUUUACUUGAACUUAAGUCAAAAUGUUUUGGAAAUUUCUCAGUUAACAGGUGUGAUCCUUAUUAAGUUUUGUCAAACAGAUCAUGGUUAUCUGUAAUUCCACGUUUUUAAAGCUCUGUAAUUGGAUGAUAAGUGUUAGGUAAUGCGUUGAUAAACUUCCGUCAGCCAGUUCGAGACGCAGUUGGGUAGCGUUUCGCAGCUGCGAGAUCCGUAACUAUUUGUUCCCUGUGAAAGAGGUUUCAAAGUCCUUGCAAAUUAUCUAUUGUUCGCACAAGCUGUCCCUAUCAGAAGGGCGAUCGUUUUCAUCGUAAAAUGGAACAACCCUUGAAAGAGGAGAAGUCAAAGAGUGAGUCUUGCGACCAACCGAGUUCGUUAGCUCCCGACACAGGCACCUCUGAGUUCCCUCGCGGAUCCGCAAAUCGUAAAGAGAGAAAACGCACUCUUACCAUGAACACAGCGUUCGCUGAGCUUCGGGAUCAUAUCCCAAACGUCCCUCCAGACACAAAGCUGUCGAAAAUCAAAACACUCAGGCUUGCCAUCAGCUACAUCAAGUUUCUGAUGGAAAUUCUCGAAGAAAGUAAUGAAGGAAAGACGGGCCGAAGUCAUCGCAACUUUGUGGCGGAUUUAUCCUUUCAAAAUGAGGGCCGAGAGAAGAGAAAAAGAGAAAAUAAUCUUGCUAGCCAAAAUGAGUCUACUCAGAGAAAACGAGGUCGAACGGGAUGGCCGCAGUAUGUAUGGGCGAUGGAGCUGAGGAAUUGAGAUGCUCCUCCACUCCAAACCUGCUUAUAACUCUAAAUACCUCCAGGGGUAAAAUGCUGACGAGAGUCCCAGGAAAGAGAAACAGAUUUUUAAAUGUUGACGGUAUGGGUCGCACUUGCGAAACACGACUCACACUUACUCUUGGAUUAGCCACAAUUGAAUGCAUCACAUCUAUUUCUAAACCGCCUCGCCUGUUGUCCAUGGAACGCUAUAAUAAGACCCUUUAUGUUAUUGUUCGUAACGUAAAUUCGUAGUUUCAAUUUUACAUGCUAGAUGUUAGUUAUUGAAUUCAUUAAUCUUACGAUCACUGCUUUAUUACGACGCGUACGUCAAAAGCAACACACGAGGCGUUUGAAGGGAGAUGGCUCAAUCUUCUGUGGUUCAACAAUUAAGUUCGCAAUUUACUCUUAAUCGACCGGUGGGUGAAAUUUUUAGCUUUUUUGAUGGACAUGGCCAAGGCGCUAGAUGCACUUGGGAACACUCGAAAAUACAGUGUAAAAUAAUAAACAUUUAUGGGAUUAGUUUGUUAUCAAAGAUAUAUAGUUUUGUUUUGCAGCAAGGAUAAUCAACAGCUAUAACACUAGAGCAUCGCAAGCGAUCAAUGUGAAAUAACAUCUCGCUUAUUCUUGAAAACACGAUUCCUUUCUCAACAAAAUUUCACCAGUAAUGACAGGAAACCUACAUUUUUUAAACGCACUAGGUUUCCCAUGUAAAUAAAAAUUGCUACAAAGAUUUAUUAUCAUAAUUCAACAAAGCCCUUCUUUAGUUUAUAUUUAACAUAGAUGAAAAUGUCUGGUUGAUUUUUAAACGCAGUAAAGUUGGUUUGUAAUAUUCAAAGUAAAUCAGUGAGUAAGAGGGUGAAGCGAAAACACUGCUAGCUUAUUUAUUGUUACUUUACUCGAAGUUGUGAAUAUUUAUACAAUUACUUAUUGUUUUUACUCGAAACGUGUCAGAAAUUUCUCGUUAAAUUGCUAUCAAAAUGUAACGUACAAUAAAACAGAAAGUUGCCCUCGUAUACGAUAGAUUUUGAAGCUUUGUCAUUUACUAACGUACAUUUUUUAAAGAAAGCAAAUCUGAGAUUUUGGCGCUAAAAAUAUGUCACAAUUCUUCAAUCCUCGUAACUUACCAGAACACGUUUUGCUCACGCGCAUCGUACUUUGAGCCUAAAUCCAAGAAGUAUUAAGAAAUUUUGUGGUUUGUGGUUGAAAAUGAGCCGGAUUUCGCGUUUAGAAUAUGAUUUUAGCUGACUCCCCCGCGCUUAGAAAUCCCGACCGAUAUAUGGCAGGGUUAAGCCAAAAAGAUAACGUCUCUUUGCCUUUUUUUCUGCCCCGCUACGAAAGGCAACAGAUUCAGUGCACGAAACGAACCAGCCUUCAAGUCCAAGUAUAGCGCUGUAGAAACAGGUAGAGAACGCAAAAAGAAAACUAUGCACGGCGAAAAUGUGAAGCGCGGAGGAGUUUUAAAAAAAAACAUUUCACUCGUUAAAGGGUACUCCAGAGAGGGCUUUUGUUAUAAAAGGUUUAAUACUUGUGGAAUCCUAUAAAAAUGUAAUGCUUCUUCAAAGCAUUUUCUUCAAGUUCUUUUUUUGCAAACCCUUCCAUUACCCGAACUACUUUAAAAGACUUGACUCGGAAAAUUCGAACUAAAGUAUUAUCUGAACUUGGCUCGUACGAUUAAGUCAAACCUAACCAGAACGCCAAAUCUAUCCAGAAAACCGAAAAAAAAAAAAAA